UCGAGCUGCUACUGCGUCAACGUCAUCACUUCUCCCAAACAAUGCCAUAAAUUUUCAUCCAUACAAUUCACCUCACUGAAUUUGUCUCAUCCUGGUAUCUAAAUUCCUCCCCCAACAAUCAUGGGAACACUCAACCCAAACGAGGAAUCUGCUCAACCGAUUCGACCCACUUCUCGUUUCAGGUGUAACUCACCCAUCACUCAGGUGUGUCUAAUUGGUGUUAUCUGUUUCUGCUGUCCUGGAAUGUACAGUGCCCUGUCAGGAAUGGGUGGUGGCGGCCAAGUGAACCCUGAAGCUGCUGACAACGCCAACACUGCCCUUUACAGCACCUUCGCCAUUUUUAGCAUUCUGGGUGGCGGCAUAUACAAUCUUUUGGGCCCUCGAGUGACCCUCCUCUUCGCCUGCCCCACAUACACGCUUUACGCCGGCGCUUUUCUUUACUAUAAUCACUACCAGCAUCAGCUUUUCCCUAUUGUCGCCGGUGCUCUUUUAGGCGUCGGCGCUGGCUUUUUGUGGGCAGCGGAAGGGGCCAUUAUGACCUCUUACCCUCCACCAAACCGGAAGGGCACUUAUAUCUCAAUUUUUUGGACUAUUUUUAGUACCGGUGGUGUUGUUGGUGGGCUAAUUCCUUUUAUUCUUAAUUACAAUCGUCAUGAUGAUGCUGCUUCUCUUAAUGAUACAACUUAUAUUGGGUUCAUGUGCUUCAUGUCUGCCGGUGCCCUUCUUUCUCUGGCGAUUUUGCCGCCCAGGCUGGUUGUGCGUGACGACGGUAGCCGGUGUACUAACAUUAACUACUCUAGUGUGACCACUGAGGCUACUGAAAUUGCAAAGCUCUUUUUGAAUUGGAGGAUGCUUUUGCUUGUGCCUCCUUCUUGGGCUAGUAAUUUUUUCUAUAGUUAUCAGUUUAACAAUGUUAAUGCAGCGCUUUUUAAUCUGAGGACCAGGGCCUUGACCAGUGUUUUCUAUUGGGCUGCUCAAAUGGUGGGUUCUGUUGGGAUUGGUUAUGUGUUGGAUUUUAGCUUCGAGAGUAGGAGGAAAAGGGGUUUGGUUGGGAUUGGUGUGGUGGCUUUGCUUGGUACAGCAAUUUGGGGUGGUGGGCUUGCGAAUCAACUCACAUACUCUCAUCCUAAAACGGUGAAGCUUGAUUUCAAAGACUCCGGUGCUGAUUUUGCUGGCCCUUUUGUGCUGUAUUUCAGUUAUGGUAUGCUGGAUGCCAUGUUUCAAAGUAUGGUUUACUGGGUCAUUGGAGCCUUGGCUAAUGAUUCCGAGACUCUUAGUAGGUAUACGGGAUUCUUCAAGGGGGUGCAAAGUGCAGGGGCUGCAGUGGCUUGGCAAAUUGACACGCAAAAGGUUUCAUGGCUCUCCCAAUUGAUUAUCAGUUGGUCCCUGAUUACGGUUAGUUAUCCAUUACUGAUACUCGUCGUCAUUUUAGCCUUAAAGGAUGAUACUAAGCCUGCCGAAGGUCCUUCCGAAGAUGCUGCUCUUCCAUCCUCUGACGAAGCUCUUGAUGGGGUUGCCAAGUCAAAUUAAUCCCUUAGUCUAAACAUUGUGCCUGCUUUUUCUGUACUCUUGCUUUCGCACGUUUUCCAAAACUUUGGUUUCUCUCACUUGUUGUCCAUUUUUGGCUUUGUCGUUCACCGUCACGUCAAGAGGAAACAAAUUUUAGAAAACAACAGCCUCUCUUUCUAUGUUUUAAAAAGGUAAUUGGUUUUGGUGACGUAAAUUAUAGCAAUGAUAUGUGUAUGAAUUGCUUAAUA